AUGACCAUAGCAAGCGCUCCCCCUAUCCUAGACUUUUCACCAUUUUACGGAGACGAUGAAGACGCCAAAGCGAAACUGGUCGCCGAGGUCAGAAAGUGCUGUCUGCAUAAUGGCUUCUUCCAAAUUGUUGGCCAUCGGGUGCCCGCCGGUUUGCAAGAAGGUGUACUCAAAUGCGUCAAGAAGUUCUUCGCUCUUCCACAAGAAGAAAAGGAGCUCGUGCUGAAGGAAAAGAAUACCUGGAACAGAGGGUAUGAAAAGAUCGGAUCCCAAAUUCUGGAGCCAGGUACGGCACCCGACCUGAAGGAAGGCUUUUAUAUUGGAGAGGAGAUCCCCAAGGACCAUCCAUACUUCGUGCAGAAGAAACUCAACAGCGGACCGAACUUCUGGCCCGAAACAAUCGAGAACGUCGAAGAGUUCAAGAUGACUUGUAUGUCGUACUACAAGGCUAUGCACGCCCUCGCCAGGGAUGUUCUUGUCGUCAUUGCGCAAACCUUGGACCUCGAUCCAAGUUACUUCAAGGAUUUCACGACAGACGCAGUCGCAACGUUGAGAUUCCUGCAUUACCCUCCGCAACCGGCCGAUUCGGACGAGAAGAUCUCGAGGGGUAUCGGUGCUCAUACUGAUUUCGGAUCAGUCACCCUUCUCAUGCAAGACGAAGUAGAUGGCCUUCAAGUCUAUGAGAAGAGCACAAACGAGUGGCUUGACGUCGUGCCUACAAAAGGCGCCUAUGUGGUCAAUCUCGGAGACAUGUUUAUGCGCUGGUCGAACGACAAAUACAUCUCCAAUACUCACCGAGUCAUCAACAGGUCGGGGAAGGAGAGAUACUCGAUCCCGUUCUUCUACAGCGGUAAUCCAGACUACGUUGUUGACUGCUUGCCCAGCUGCCGCAAGGAGGGCGAGCGGCCCAAAUACCCUCCUAUCACUGUUGAAGGGGCGGUGGGCGGAAGCUACAAGAAGAGCUAUGGAGCAGCAGAAGCUUUCAAGAAGACAGCCUCCAGUACGAUCUCGGCUAUGUCAGCGCCUGUGGCAGCGUGA